AUGGCCCUAUACAAGAGAGUGUCCACUCUGCUGACCAUCGCCUGUAUUUUGUACAUGUGCAUGGUCAGUCUAUUCCACAACAGUCUCCAGAUCAGCAACUUGCAGCAUCGUGGCUACAUCCUAAAUCCAAGUGAAAACCCAGAUCUUGUUCAGGAACCUGUCUCUAACAGGACUAUGAAAGAACACAGUAACGAAGUCAACCACAGUAGUUUACAGAAAACUAACCUGCCCAACAACCUUUUCCAUUCACAUUCUGAUGCAUAUGACCACCAACAGUCAGCCCGUCAAUUGACAAGGACUUCCUGGGUUAUAAAGAACAAAAAUACCACUUCUCUAGGAAAAGAACUGGCAGAAUAUCAAUAUAUUUUACUAAGAAAAUUGAGAGAAAGAACAGUGGAAAAAGCACAGAUUUCUUCACAAGAACACACAGCUGAAGUCAAAAACUUGCCAGAUCCUAAUACUUCAAAAGUGAAACAGUACAAGGUUGAUUUCCUUCCUUUGGGAGAUUUGUAUGUGUAUGGGGCUUUUCUGGAUAAAAGGAAUUCUAAAAAUCAAUAUGCAAGAAUAUUUGUCCUCCAACCAACUUACAAAUGGGACAGCCAGCUGCUUUGCAGAUUUCGUAAUAAUCACAACAGAAGCACCACAGUUCAGGCUGAACCAUACGAAAUGUGUGAGAAUCAUGGGCGGAGAUAUGGAGGCUGGAUUUAUUCCUGUCAGCUACCAAAGUCAGAAGAUGUGGAUCUUCAUACAGUGUCCUUAUUGCUGAUUGCUGAGGACAGAAAGAGCUUUCAUAUCCUAUCCACCAUUCCACUUCAAUCUCUCAGCACUGCUGGCUCAACAGAACCUCUGCAUAAGCUUGAGGAUCAGCCCUUUGGUGUGAAUAUCAAACAUCCAACACAAGAGCAGAUCAAAUCUGAUGAAGGAAAUGACGCUCAGACAAAAACUGGAAUGAAAAUAGGAGUCUGC